AGAUAUUAAAAUCCACAAUGCCCUGGCCCAGUCACUUUCCCACAAACCCUCAAAAGAUCUCUAAAACAAAAUAGAAACAUCAGAGAGACCAAGUACUACUGGUAACUAUUAUUCUUAAUCAAUUUAACCAAAUACUAAGAAAUCAAAAGAAAGGCAAAAAAAUACCAGAAGCUGAUUUUGGUUGAAUUUUUAUUUUAUUUUUAAUCUUAAUGGCUUCCCUUACUUCACUCACCUCAUAUCCAUCUUCAUCAUCUUUACAAUCAAAUUUUCAACACUCACCUCUGAUGUUGGCUUCUAAACAUUCUCAACAUAAUUAUAACUCCUCUUGGUUGAUGAUUGGAGUGUUGAGAUCUGCACAAACAUCCUCACAACGCCUGAAAAUCCAAAGUGCAGCAACCAAACCAGCAAAAAGACCAGCUGAAGAAGACUGGAAGAUCAAAAGGGAAAAAUUGCUAGAGAAAAGGGUACGGAGUGUGGAUGCUAAAGAAGCUCUGAGACUCCAGAAAGAAAAUAACUUUGUUAUUCUUGAUGUGCGGCCUGAAGCAGAAUUUAAAGAGGCUCAUGCACCAGGUGCCAUCAAUGUACAAAUAUAUAGGCUUAUAAAAGAGUGGACAGCAUGGGACAUAGCUCGCCGAGCUGCGUUUGCAUUUUUUGGCAUCUUUGCCGGUACAGAGGAGAACCCUGAGUUCAUACCAACUGUGGAGUCAAAAAUAAAAAAGGAUGCAAAGAUAAUAGUGGCUUGCUCAACCGGGGGAACAAUGAAACCAACCCAAAAUCUCCCAGAAGGUCAACAAUCAAGAUCACUGAUAGCGGCCUACUUGCUUGUUCUGAAUGGGUAUAACAAUGUCUACCACUUGGAAGGAGGGCUUUAUUCAUGGUCCAAAGAAGAUUUACCAAUCACAAGUGAAGAGGAAGAGUAGGGUGUUAAGAAGAAGAUAGUUACAUUUCAUGGCAUUCAAAUUUUUGUCCCUAACAGAAUCUGUUUAAAAUAGAAGCAAUAAUAUAUCAUGGCUAACAGCAAUUGUGAAGUCAUGUGUCAAUCUCA